UUAUUUCAAUGCCUAUCACAGUUACUUUGUAGUAUAUUUUAGACAUUGAUAUUUUGGUUGUUUUCCUUAUUAACAUUAAAAAUGGGUUCCAAAGUUUCGUUGGAUCUUCAAGAUGAAGAGAUAGAGAGUAUCCAAAAAGAGACCGGAUUUUCCCCAAAUCAAAUUAUUCGUCUCUUUACAAGAUUCACAAGUUUGGAUAAAGAAGAAAAUGGAUUUUUAUCGAGAGAUUCAUUCUUGAGGAUUCCAGAACUUGCAAUAAAUCCUCUUGCAGACAGAAUUGUGGAAUCAUUUUUUGAAAAAGGUCAUGAUCAUGUCAACUUCAGGCAGUUCAUGAGGACAUUGGCUGUGUUUCGUCCUUUAACUAAUAAAACACUCGAAACAGCAGUUAAUAGCCGAAAUAAGAAGCUAGAAUUUGUUUUUUCAUUGUAUGAUUCUGACAAUGAUGGAAAGAUUUCUAAGAAAGAUUUAUUGGAUAUUUUAAGUUUGAUGGUUGGAGCUAAUAUAAGUCCAGAUCAACUUUCCUAUAUCGCCGAACGAACUAUUUUAGAAAGUGAUAAAGAUAAUGAUAGAAGCAUCAGCCGUGAAGAAUUUUUAAGGGCAAUGGAUGCAGCAAACUGCAAUACAAAAAUGAGCGUGCGCUUUCUGGAUUAAUCACCACAUUUUAAGCAUACAUCAGUUUGAUUUAUUAUGAAAAGUUAUGUCUGUCUUGUACUGUGAAUUUUGUAGAUGAUUUUGUAUGUAUGAAGGGUUACUCAACUACAGUUAUUCAAAAUCAUAGUAGAUUCCUAUGAAUCAUUGGAUGAUUGUCCAGUGCCCGGACCUCCAGAAGUAUCUGCACCAAAAUGGCACACAUCCUGAACAUAGUAUGUGUACCAGGUUAGGGUUCAGGUUGUGCCCCAUCUUGGGUGCACAUACUUUGGGAGCGCCCAGUGCCCUGUUUGGGGCUGAAAAGUGAAAUACUUUUAUAAAAAAGAAAUUUUAUUAAUCUGUAUCUACUAUUCUAAUCUAAAUGUGUAGAGUGUAAAAAUAACAUAAAUUACUGUGGCUUUGAUUUAAAGGUUGUUCAUAUGAAACAAAUUCUAACAUCCCUACACUGGUCUAAAUUCUGAGUUUGACGAAAAUAUGGAGGCAAUGAAAAAAAAACAGAUGUACUACAUCCAUUGUUUUUUUUUCGUGCUCCUUACUUGGCAAUCUCAGUAUUACUCAUUGUCAGGUGAAUGAAACGGACCAGUCAUUUUAGUCCACAUACAGUGUGUUGUAACUGCUAGGUCUAGCCCUCAAAAGGGCAAUUGCGUAUUUCACAUGCUCUGUCUCGUCCAUGUCAUUUUUUUUUCAAUGUAUCGCACAUUUUGUCUGUAUUCAUUCAUACAGAUUGAAGUGCAAAAUUUAUUUUCAGUCACAUAUUAACAGACGAAUAAAAUAAUACAAUAAAUUUUUACUUCUUUUCAUCGGGACCACGGGACAUUCUCAUCUUCCUGUAACAAACAUAUUUUUCAACUUAUUGUCGACCAAUAUAUGUGUAUGAGAUUUUUAAUUGUAGUAUCUUGCAUUUAUUACUAUUUGUAAGUUGAGUUGUAAGUAUUCACUUGAGACAAUUUUUACCCAAAUAUAUUACUAAUUUUUUCCUAGUCUUCAAGUACAUGUGCUGCAAUCCCUGUAUAAUUAAUUGCCUCUUCUUGGCUCGAUUCAGCAAGGGGAGAUAUGUUAAGUAUCACUAAAUAAAAUGGGUUUCAUGUUUUAUUUUUGAAAUGGUAUUUUGCUAGAAUAUGUUGAAAAGACGAAUUUAAUUUUUUCCUUUUUGAAGUAAUUGAUUGAAUGAAAGUAUCCAAAAAUACGGUAGUAUACCGGUUAAAGUUAAACCUUAAACUUCUUGAAAGCUCACAUCAGAGACGCUCACUGAUAUGCAUAUUUUGCCAGCUUCUUUCGUUUAUGGCGGUUGAUUAACUUUUUUCAUCUUAUAUAUAUGUGUACUUUCACGGUUUAUUCCUCUGUCCCGGUCUAAAUAUGGAAAUCCUAUUUAUUGGUGUCAAUAAAAUCUAUCCAUAUAAUUUA